GCUUAACCCAUCAUUGAAAAUGGCUGAUUCAAUGUUCUCUGACAUCAAGACUGCACCUCCAAUCGAGGUGUUUUCGUUAAUAGCAAAGUACAACGAGGAUAAACAUCCAAUUAAAGUUAAUCUUGGAGUUGGAGCCUACAGGACAGAUGAGGGAAAGCCUUGGGUGUUACCAGUGGUACGGACUGUGGAGGCUCAGAUGGCCUGUGAUGCCACACUUAACCAUGAAUACCUUCCGGUGGCAGGCCUUACUGACUUCUCUGAGAGUGCAAUAAAGCUUCUUCUGGGUGGAGAAAACAAUGCCAUCACAGAUAACAGGGUUUUAGGUACACAAGCCUUAGGAGGAACUGGAGCAUUGAAACUGGCAGCUGAGUUUAUGCAUAGGCAUCUAGGCGUGGAUGUUGUGUACGUCUCUAACCCUACAUGGGGGAACCAUAUAGGCAUCUUCAGAGAUGCUGGUUUCUCAGAUAUCAGAAAAUACCAUUACUGGAAAGCAGACACCAAGUCGCUAGACUUCGAUGGUAUGAUCACAGAUUUGACAAAUGCUCCUGAACGAGCAUGCGUCGUCCUUCAUGGCUGUGCUCAUAACCCCACUGGAGUCGAUGCUACCCCAGAACAGUGGGUUAAGAUCGCCGAUGUCUGCCAGGAGAGGAAUUUGACCAUAGUCAUCGAUAUUGCCUAUCAAGGGUUUGCCACAGGAGAC